AUAGAUGCUGAUAAUAGUAAUUCAGAAAUAAGUAUUUUGAGAGCUGAUGAAGCUGAUAAUAUUAUUAAAAGGUUAAUGAAUACAGUUCUAGAAGUAACUACUUACUGGCUACUUGUAUAUAUUGGAAACUCUAAAAGAACAAAAAGAAGACAGAGACAAAUACAGCAAAAAGCUACAGUAGUAAAUCAUGCAAUUCCAAUAUUUAAAGCUUGGUUUCUAGAUGUAAAAGCUCUUUUCACAUUUAAUAAUACAACUAGUCAUUGUGUAUAUACUGAGGAUGCUCUUAUAGCAAAAAACAUGAAUUUGUCUUCUAGUAAAGAUUAUAAUGAUCCUGAUCUAUAUAGUAAACCAAAAGGCCUGAGAGAAGUUUUAAGUAAAAGAGAAUUGUGGCAUGAUAAAAUAAGAUUAGUAUGUAAAGAAGAGUGUAAACAAGGAAAAACUGAUUAUUGCACUAGAACUACAAUAGCAAUUCAACCAGAUUUUAAAGCACAAUAUGGAAAACUCGAAGAAGCAAUUAUUUUUGUAGAUUAUUAUGUUAUUA